AUGGAGGAUUUCGAUGAGCUGGUCGAUGCUCUCAAAGCGGCUACCGAUGAUGGUGUUCAACCGAAGAUGAUAUCCAAGGGCUCCUCGGGGUCUUACUUCGCCCGUGCGAAGGUCGAUGGGCAGAUCAAGACUGUCGGCGUGUUCAAGCCAAAGGAUGAAGAACCUGGAUCGGCUGGGGGAGAGCCUGAUAGCCUGAUCCCGAAUCUCUCAUAUAUAUCAGAGGCAGCCGCUUGCCUGCUUGACGAGCGUCUGCACCUGUACAUUGUCCCCCAGACCGGCCUCGCUUCUCUCAGCAUCCCGUCCUUUUCCUGCGAUUGGAUCGACCGGUCUGCGUAUCGACAGGGCAAGGCCCUUCCGCGGAAAAUCGGCUCCCUACAGGCGUUCAUGCACGGAUACCGUGACGCCUCCGAAUAUUUCCGGCAACACCCGCUAGGGGACAACUACGAUUCCGAAGCUCACCGAACGGGCAUGAUCACGAAGAGGUUUUGGAGUGCGAUGGGUGUCGUCUGUGGGCGAGCAGGCGACUUGGAUGAGCUGGAGAAUGAGGAAUGGGCGGAAGAGCAGAGUAAGGGAUAUAGGGAGAUGGAGGAACAAGGGCAGAAUGGGUUCGCUUGGACCCAAGAGAAUGCCGCAAGUUUCCAGGACGAGUUGGAGAGACUAGUCGUCCUGGAUUACUUGAUGAGGAAUACGGAUCGGGGACUGGAUGACUUUGUGCGUAUAUCAACAAGGGCGAAUGUUCACUGA